AUGAAAUUAUCAUAGUUAAUUUAUGAAUACCUGCAUAGAAAAUAUACAAAGACAAAAUAAAAGAACGAUGACUCAUAUUCUAAGCAAGUAUAUCGUACAAUUUAAUAAACAAGAUAGAAUUUGAAAAUGGUGACACAGUUAAUUUAAAGGGCUUCUCUUCUUCUGAAUUAAAAAAUAAAAUCUCCACUAUACAAUCAUUUGGGAGUAUUAUAUGGAGAUAUUUAAGAAGACCAUUCAAUUACAUCUUCCUUCUGAUCAGUAUCAUAUGUCUUAGCAUAACUCAAGACAAUUCAUAGGUUAUAUAUGGAUUUGUUAUACCAUUUAUUUUUAGUAUAGUGAUGUACUUAAUAAAAACAUUGUAUUAUAUAAUUUUGGUACAUGAAGAAGAUAGAUUAAUAAAUCAAAGACAAGUGAUAGUGUUUAAGAAACUAAAGAAAAUUUUGCAAAACAAAAAAAUUAGUUUAAUGGAAUAUGAAUAAAAAAUAAAUAAGACUUAAUUUGUAUCAACUUAAAGAGCAGAUAAGGGAAUGAUGCCAUCAUCUCCAUAACCUUUGGUAGAAUUGAAUGAAAAUACAAAAAUUAGUAUAAUAGAAACAAUAAGAUGGGAGGAAUUGGAGAUUGGAGACAUAAUAAUAUUAAAGAGAAAUGAGAUUUGUCCUGCAGAUUGUUUAAUAUUGGAGUCAAAUCAAGAAAGAUGUUAUGUUAAUAAUACAUGUGUUAAUGGAUAAACAGAUGAAGGAAUAAAGAGUGCAAACGAAUUAACAUCUUUACCUAAAAUGCAUUAAUUUAAAGGAAAUGGAUUUGAAUAUCGAUUAUUGUUGAGCGGGAAAGUGACAUAUGAUAAAGAUUAUAAAUCUGAAUCCUUUUAUACUGGAUUUAUUAGAUUGAAGAAUGAUCCUUAGGCAGUUGAUAUAAAAAAAGAGAAUAUUCUAUAUAGAGGAUAAUAAUUACAAACUUGUGAUUAUAUUUAUGGACUUGUUUUGAGUUGUGGUUUAAAUUGUCAAUAUUAUCAUUUAAGUAAUUUUGAGAAAUCAACAAAAUCUUUCUUUGAUAAUAAGGUUGAUACUUUCUAUAAAUUCACAUUAAUAUUAAUAAUUUUGUUAUCUUUUGGAUCUUGGAUGAUUGAAUCAAUUAGAUAUAUUAAUAAUGGUUGGAAAAUAUAAUAUUUAGCUAAUUACUUUUUGAUUUAUUUGAAUAUGUUUCCUUAUUAUUUGAUAGGAUUAUUGGAUAUAUUAUAAAUUUUAAGUUCAAGUUAGAAGUUAUUUAAAUUUAAAAAGUAGAAAGGAAUUUAGAAUAAUGAUAGUCAAGAAGAAUUCAAUAUAUUUUAGAAUCAUAAGAUGGACUUAAAUACAGUUUAUAGUAAGUUAAAUGCAACCCCUAUAGCUGAUUUAUCAUUGGUGGAUUCUGUCAUUUUUGAUAAGACUUGUACAAUGACCAUACCAUUAUUUAAGAUUAAAUUAAUUUUGAUAAAUGAAACAUUUUAUGAAAUUCAUAAUAAAACAUUUAAAAAUACAACUGAAUGGAAAAAGUAUUAGAAAGAAGUAUUAGAUAAUUAAGAAAUGUUAUUUAUUCAAGAUUAAUCUUUAUCACCUAAUUAAAUUUCAUCCAUUAAAGUGUCACCCCAUCAUCGACCCAUGAGUCCCACUAAAAGAACUUCAAUUACACCUUGGAGAUUGGAGGAUAAUUUAGUGAAUAUUGAACCUAAUUUUGAGUAAGAUAUACGUGAGACAAGUUAAUAGGAUGAAGCCAAUUUUAAUGCUGAAGAAAUAGCAGAUGAUCAUUAUAAAUUGAAAGAGAUCCAUAGAACCAAACCACCAAAACUAUUUUAAAUAGAUUCUUGGGAAUCAGGAACUGAUCUAGGAGGAAUGAUUAAUUAGUUGAAUGAACAAAGAAUGAUUAAAUCUUAAUCUCCAAUUAAGGAAACAGCAAGACGUAAAUUCAGUGAAAGAAGACCAAUAUUAGAAAAAAUGGAACCAAAAAAGAAAUUAUCAGCUGAUCGAUUUUAUAAAACAGAUGAAUUUAACAUUCAAUAUGAGAGAUAAGAUGAUUUUAUUAGUAAUGAAAAAGAAAUAUUUAAUAAAUCAUUAACUCCAGAAUAUAGAGGAGUUAUUGAAGAAUCAUUGUUUAUACUUAUCAUUUGUCAUAAUACUUAAACAAAAUAUUUAAAGAAAUUAGAUUCAUUAUAAUAAGAAUUUAGUAAUCAAAUUGAUUAAUUAUAAAUUAAUUUAGCUUAGAAUUAUGAUUAUAAAUUUAUUGGAUCAACAUUAGGUAAAAAUAAAUAUAUAAUUGAAAUUAAAGAGAAUUUAUUGGAAAUACCAGUAACAGUUACUCAAUUAGAUAAUACAAAAUUAUGUGUAAUCACUUAAAUUACAGAUUAUAAUAAAUUAUUAGCAUUUUAAUUUAAUGAUAAAUUUGAAUACAUUCAAUAUAUUAGAGAAGAUGGUUUAGAAUUAAUAGAUGGUAUUAAUAUGGAUAAGGAAGAUAAGGAUGUUUGGAAUGGAAUAAUCAAUAAAAUUAUAUAAAGAGGAUGUAGACCAAUAAUUUAUUAUAAAUAUAAUAUGGAUUAAAAUAGUUAUAAUUUAUUUGUAAAGAAUCCACUAGAAGAGAUUAAAAAUAAAAAUAAUUAAUUAGAAGUUAUUUUAAUUGUUGGUGUAUAAGAAAAGAUUAAAAGAUAAUUGAAAGAAAUAAUCAAUUAUUAUUAAAAUGCAGAUAUAUCUAUAUGGAUUGCCAGUGGUGAUACAAAAAAUAAAGUAUUACCAAUUGCAUAUAAAUCAAAUAUUUUAAAAGAAAAUAUUUAAAUUCUAAAAAUAGAAUCUAAUGAUAUGAUAUCAUAAUAAAUUAAAUAACAUAUUUUAUGGUGUUAUAAUAAUUUGAUUAAAUAAUUAAGGGAAGAAUAAACUGAUAAAAAAAAUAAUGAAAAACUUAGUAGUCCUAAAAAUAAUAAGAGAAAAUCAGUUAGUGUUGCUAGAAGAGCUAGUACAAGAGGUGUUUUAAUUGGUAUUAAUAAUAAUUUAUCUAAAACUAAACCAUUUUGUAUUAUGAUUGAAGGGAAAGCACUUGAAAUUAUUGAAAAUGAUUAAAAUUUGUAUCAUCAUUUGGCAUUUUUAGUAUCAUUUUGCACUCAUCUUAUUGGAUAUUCUAUGAAUAAAUAUUAAAAAGGUGUUUUAAUUAAGAUUUUAUAGAAAAAAUAAUUACAAAGAAGAAGAAUAUUAGUAGUUGGUGAUGAAGCCAAUGAUUCAAUUAUAAUGGAAAAUUCAGAUUUUUCUAUCUAAAUUUAAAAUGAAAGGAUUAAUUAAAAUAAUAAAAUAGAUAAGAUGGAAUAAAUUGAAAGAUUAAAAAAGGAAACUAAUACAUGUAAUUCUUAAGUUACUAAUAAAUUAUUUAAAUUUAAAUAAUUAAAUUUAAACUAUUGUAAUAAAGAAUUAGAAAAGUUUAUAUAUACUAAAGUUAGAUAUAUGAGUACAGCAGAUCUAAUUAUCAAGGAUAUGAAUAAUUUAGUUACAUUAUUAUUUUAUGAUAGUAGAAAGCAUGCAGAAUUUCUGGAGAACUUAAUGAUAUAUGCAUUUUAUAGAUGCUAUUUGAUUAUGUUUUGCUUAUUUUUCCAAUGUAUCAUGGAAGUACAAAAUGAAAUACCUCCAUUAUCAUAUUUCUAAUCUAUUAUGUUUAUUUUACCUUCUUUGUUGUUGUACAAAUAAUCAAUCCUUAACAGUCGAAAUAUUACAGAUUUUAAACAAUAAUUAGUAUACUUUUAUAAUCAGAAUUGGAUUUAAUUUAGAAAGCAUAAAUAUUGGUUAUUUAUUUAUAAAGUCUUAUUAUUUUCUAUCUUUGAAUCUUUCAUUAUAAUAAUCAUAUAAAAGUACAUUUAAUUUUACACAAAUGAUGGUAGAAAUUUUGAUAAUGCUAUUUAAUCUCUCUAAAUGUAUACAAUUAUUAUUGUUAUUGAAUAAAGUAAAUGGAUCUAUGAUAAUAUUAUCUAUUGGUGGAUAUUAUUAAUACUACUCUAUUUAUUAACCUUAAUAAGUUAUAUUCAAAUAUUUGAUGAAACAUAUUAUCAAAUUAUGGAACAUCUAAUAAGUGUUCAAAGUAUUUUUUAUAUCAUACUCAUUAUUCUGAUUAUUUUUACACUCUAAUUAUUAUUGUUUUAAUUUAUACCAUAUAAUAUUGAUAGAUUAAUGUUUUCUGUAAAAGACAAGAUUUCAAUUUGUUGUCUAUUGAAACCAAUUGAAAUUUAUUAUUCAAAGAAAAAAAACAAUAGCUCACUUUUAUUAAAUAUAUAAAAAUAUGCAUUAAAAUUAUUUAAAAAUGAAGAUGAUAUGGAUUCUUCUAUAAGAUCAAUGUUAUCAGGCAUGGCUCUAAGUGAAAAGAGUAUUAAAAUUAAUAUAUUUACUCAGCAAUUUAAGAAUAUAUAAUUAGAAACAAAAUAUUAAUUGAAUGAAUUAACAUCUAUUUUAGAAUACUAUAGAUUGUAUUAUCCAUUGAGUUGGAUGCUUGUUGAAGGUGCAAUAUUAUUAUAGAUUUGGUUUGUGAAUAAAAAUUAAAAUUAUACUUGGUUACUUUAUUUUUCAUAUGGAUACAAUGGUACUUAAAUAUUGAUGGCUCUAUUCAUAUAUACAUCUGUAUUUAAAAAGUAUCAUUUCAGAUUGUCUAAAAUUUUAAUCUUAUCCCGUCUCUUGUAUAAGAUUGUAUAUGAUAUCUAUUUUUUUCAAUAGAAUGACAAUUCAUUAAGUGAUAUGCUUAUUAUGCAGUUAUUCAUGCUACAACCAUUAAUAGAUGAUAGACCUUUAACUAUAAUAUUCUAUUGUAUCAUAGUCAAUAUUAGUUUUAUUAUCAGAUUCAGUGCCAACAAUACAUCAAUAAAUUAAAAUAUAAAUACAUAUAUAAUGCUCAAUUAUUAUCUUAUUGCAUUUAUGUAGACAGCAUUAAGUAGUGGAAUGCAUUUGAGAGUUCAAAGGAAUUUGAGACAGGAAUUCAUUUAAAAUUUGUAAUUGAAUUAGAAAAUCAAUUCUAUAAGCGAUACUCUGUCAAUUUUAAUGCCUAAGUUCAUUAGAAACAUGAUAAAUUAGAGAGGUGAGUUUGAUAUAUAAGAGAAUCAAGGUGAAGUUGCAAUUUUAUUUUGUGAUAUUUGUCAAUUUGAUACUAUAAUAAAGGUAUAGUAAUAGAAUGUAGUUCACUUACUUGAUAUUUUAUUCAGACAAUAUGAUUCUUUGUGUAAUUAAUACAAUCUGUAGAAAAUUGAAACUGUUGGUAAGACUUACAUGGCAGCUUCUGGGUUAAAGAAUCUAAUAUCUUAAAAUAACAUUAAUCCAGUUCUUAGAGCCUUACAGGUAGCUUUUGAAAUGUAGAAAUUUGCUUCAUCACAGAGUUUUGGCUAAACUGAAAAUAUUAUAGUGAAAAUUGGAGUGCAUUAUGGUAAUGUGAUUGCUGGUGUAAUUGGAUAUCAUAAACCUUAAUUUUCAUUGAUUGGUGAUACUGUCAAUACUACAAGUAGAGUUUGUUCUACUGCAUAGGAUAAUCAAAUUAAGAUAUCUGAAGAGGCAUUCAAAUAAGUCUCAUCUUGUCCUGAUUUCACUUUUACUUUGGAUAUAGUGGAGGCUAAAGGAAAAGGUUAAUUGAAUACUUAUUUGGUAUAGGAAGUAAUAAAAGAGAAGAUUUCAAGGAAGAGAUUGAGGAAAUUUAAAGAUGAUAUGUAGAUAUUUUUAAAUCGUGAUGAUUAUGUAGGUAGAUAACGGAAAUCCAUAUUUGAAUUUAAAAAUUCUCGUAAACCUACUAUUGUUUAAUCCAGCAUUAAGAUAGUUACACCUUAAUUGAUGCAUAAAUCUAGCAUCAAUUUAGAUAAUCCUAAUAUUGCUUUAAAUAAUAGUAAUAACAAUAACAAUGUAUCAUAACAUCAUUCUAGAGGUGAGAGUGAUUAAUUACAACCUCAAAUAAAAGAAUAAUAACCUUAAACAAUUACAGGUUAAAAUCUUAUUGAAGCUCUUGAAUUGAAAUUAGCAAGGGAGAAUCUUAUGUUUGAAGAUACUUUGGAGUUUCCUUUAAUUGAAGUGGAUAAAGAAAAAUUAAAACAAAUCCAUUAAUCUGAAGAUGAAUUUAAAGAGAUGGAUGUUUUGAUUUUGGAUAAAAGAAAAUUAUAUUUAGAUUUUCAUUCAGAUGUAGAUGAAGAUGUUAUAUAAGAAUUUUAUGAGUAAUUGAGAAAUUAGAAUAAAAUAUUGGUAAUACUUUUAGAACUUGGAAUGAGUAUACUAAUCUUGAUACAAAAUACAUCAACAAUAUUAAUAGAAACUAUAUUUAGAGAGAUAAUUGUUUGGUAUAUUAAUGUUGUGUAGGGGUAUCUGAUAGUAUUUGUUAAAUUGAUAUUCAUAUGUUUAUUAUUUAAUGAGCAAUAUUGUAAUCACUUUUUCAAAUAGAAAUACUUUAUAGGAUUCUACAUAUUUAUAUUAAUAUGGUGGAUCAUGCAUAUUUUUAGUGUACAAGAAGGUAUAAUAGGAGAAGUUUGUAUUGCCAUAGGAAUUUUUCUGUCUUUUUUGACUUAAUUAAAUCCAAUAAUAAAAAUGAAAUAUAAAGUGAUGGAAAGUAUUGUCAUGAUUUGUAUGAAUAUUAUUGCAGUUGUUGUAAAUGAUUGGGAUAAAUCCUUAAUUUAUUAUGCUAGUCUACUCUAAUUAAUAUUUGUAUCAAAUUAAAUCUAUAAGUUUUUGAAGAAUGUUGAAGCUUAUAAUUAAAAAUGCAAAUUAAAAUAUAAACAUGAAUAAUUAGAUUAAUUAGUAAAACAUUAAUUACCAACUCAUAUGCUUGAUUAAUUUUUAUAAUUAUAAUAAUCUAGAGCAGUCUUGAAAGAUUAACAUGAAGAUGUCACACUAUUAUUUGCUGACAUUGCUGGAUUCACUGAAUAUUCAAGUAAAGUAGCACCUGAAUAAGUUGUAUUUAUGUUACGAAAUCUAUUUACUGAAUUUGAUAAAUGUUGUCAAGACAAAAAUGUGUAUAAAUUAUAUACUAUUGGAGAUUGUUAUGUUGUUAUGGGAAUGGUUGAUGCUAAAGAUAGAAAUCCAGCUUUGGAGGCUAAAAAUACUGUAGAAUUAGCAUUUGAAAUGAUUAAUAUCAUUAGUAAAGUUAGAGAUAAAAUUAAUAAUUCAGAUUUAGAUAUGAGAAUAGGUAUACAUACUGGUAAAAUUAUUGGAGGAGUUCUUGGAACUGAUAUUGUAAGAUAUGAUAUUUAUGGACCAGAUGUAUUAAUAGCUAAUAAAAUGGAAUCAAAGGGUGAAAGAGGGAAGGUAUAAGUAUCAGAAUCUACUAAAAAAACAUUAGAAUUAUGUUAUCCAGAAGAAUUUCAGUAUUAAUCUCAUUGUAUUGUGGAAAUUCCAUCAAUCGAUAGAAAGACUGAAGGCCAUUUUAUUUAAAUUAAGACCUUCCAAGAACCAUCUAUGGAUAUUCAGAAUUUUAAUUGA